CAAUUUAUUCGAGCUAUUUUAAAAGAAAAUCACCUGGAAUACAAGGAAAUUGAUAGUUUUCAAAUAAUUUACACAAUAAUGCACUAAUGUAAAUGUUUUUAUGAUUAAAGCUAAACAAAAUGUCGCGCUUUAUCGAAAAAUGACACCCCUUCAUACGAUGCUAGAUGGUUUAUCCGGGAAGCAUGUUGUGUUUAGGGAAAUGAACGUUGACUUGUUUAGCUAUUCGGCCAGAAUCGCGGGACCGCCGUUACCUUCACUUAUAACCAAAAAUCUAACAAACGCAAACAAGUUAUUUUUUACAUCACAAGCAAUUCAUAUGCAUUUUAUUUUUAAAAUAUAGUGAGUAACUGAUUCAUGACGUUUCGGUUUGUAGACUGUCCGCAAACUCGUGCUUCCCAAGCAAGGAGGCUCGUUACACUUCAUAGGGCUUGACAUUGUCAGAGCGGAAAAUUUCAUUGCGAAAGGCUUGUGUUGCAUCAGUGGCAGCAGCGUUAGUGGUGACAAUGUCUGACUCUAUUAUUUUAGCUCUGAUAGUGUUUCUUAUAUUGUGUUUGAUUGUAACAGUGGUGGCAGCUAUUGUGUACUCUGGGCUGUUCACUGAGGUUAAUAUCAAGACAGGGUCGCCUCCUAUCAAAAACGUUACCAUUGCUUACAAACUUCACAAGGGACCUUAUAAAGACUGUGGUGCUGCCUUCACCGAGACUGUCAGUAUUGGGCCAAAGCUCAAUACCAUCCGUGUGUCCUACGAUGACUCCACAGAGGUGCCUGAUGACCAGUGUCGCUACAUCGUGGGCAGUAUCCUGAACGAGGGAGAAGAGCAGCCUGACGAGGAGCUCCAGAAGCUGUACGAAAAGUUUGGCUUCAAGAUGCUGUCCCUUCCUGAGGUGUCCCUGGCUGUGACCACCACCUUCCCCUCCACCACCCCCCUGUCCCACUGGCUGGCGUCCUACAAAGUCUACCCCGAGCUCCACAACUACAUCAUGGAGAGGCAGCUUCAUGCCUGGCCAUUCAUUGAGAUCAAUACAGGGGAUCUGACCCACUACAUGGCUCCACUGUCCUCCCAGAGUGGCUUCCACCACACUGGCUUCGUUGUGCCCGAGCUCAUCACACAGACAGCGGCCAAGAUACCUGUGACAGAGGAAUCCUCGGACCAGGACAGAGGGACGGAUGUUGCAGGUGUAAUGACCCACAGUGAUGUCAGCAGCACUAUGAGCGGCCAGGUGCAGUCAGAGAACACAGAGACGUCUCCGGCCCCCUCACUGCCCCCUUCACUGCCCCACAGGGACCAGGGGGACGGGAACGAGCAGGGGCAGGCCGAGGAACACAAGGAGCCCAUCAACGACACGGAGCACAGGGACAGGGGCUCCAGCGAAUCAGUGGGCAGCGGCUCUUCCUUUGAGGAACUGGACUUGGUGGAGGAGCUGGAGAGAGAGUUGGGGAAGGAAGAGGAAGGCCUCACGGUGGAGGAAGGAGCCAAGGAAGCCCCAUGAGAGGCUGUCACUAGCCUAGGGGGGAUGGAGAGGAGUAGAAGACGGGGUGAUAAAGGGAUGGAUGGAGGUAACUCCUCUGGGUCUAUUAUUCUGGGGUGGUAGAGAGAUUUCUUCAGCGAAUCUUAGUUGUCUUGUAUGCCAACUUUUGUUCAUAGCCAUACAAUUUAUCAUGACAGACAUGCCAUCUAUUUCUGGACCUGUGUACUUUCCUGUACCUAAGACAGUAAUUUCUCUAUUGAGAGAAUAUACCAAAACUCUUUUGUAAAACAUAUCAAUAACAACAGUUCUUCCUUUUUCAAAGAUUUCUUAAUUUAAAAAAGGGUUUAUCAAUACUAAACAGAUAUAACUAUUGUGACAUUCACCAGUAGAAAAUGAUACACUCUUUGAGUGGAGAGAAAUAUUGUUACAAUAUACUUGUGGGACUGAUGAAAGUCAAUCUUUCUUUUGAUUUAAAUAUUGAAAUGUUAAAAACAUUGUGUACAAUAAAUUUAAUCAUCUCUCAUCAUAGUAGACACAUUUUAUAUAAGAUGGACAACAAUUAUAUAUAAUCAAAUAUAUAGUGUAAGACUAACAAACAUAAGAAGGAAUCAAAGGCAUUUAGUUGUGAAUGAUUUGUAAUUGCAUCUAACAACAUAUUGUGACAAUUGAGAUGCUACCUACUUGCAAUGGGUUACAAUGUUUCCAGAAUACUGUUAUGAUGCCUUUUCACACUAUUUAGUGACCAGAAAAUCCAGAGCAUGUAUUGUACAAGAGGGUAUCUAAAGCAAUAUCUGCCUUAUUCAUUUUUACAUGAAUAACAACCUUACAAGGUUAUUUUGCUUUUGCCCUCAAUUUGAAAUAGGUUUGACACCUGGGAAACUCUGAGAACUGGGGCAGGGCUUAAACCGAGUGGUGUAGAAUAAUCCAUAGAACUGCAAGAAGAGGGGGUUUAGGUGAAAGUCAGUUCAGACUCAUAAAGUCAUCAAGGGCUAGGAUUUACAAUUCAACUCUGAGAUGGAAACAGUCUGAAAGUACUGUAUUUUUAUUCAUCUGGUAGAUUUAUGUUAUCUAACAGUUUAACAAUAUAGCCAAUCAAAAGAAAAUAUUUGAAAUCUUCACCUUUCAGAUGAUCUGUUCUAUUACUUUGGCCUAGGUGUUUCCGGUCUAAAUCAAAUCAAAUGUUAUUGGUCACAUACACAUGGUUAGCAGAUGUUAAUGCGAGUGUAACGAAAUGCUUGUGGUGUAGUGAAAUGCUUGUGUCUAGAAACUUGUUCAACUACUCUGGUCUGUCAUGUGUACCAAUAUAAUCUUUAGUCUUUGACUUGAAUCCGGGAUACAUUGUUCCACUUCUUUUAAGUAUUAUAACAACUUCCUGUAUGGCAUGUUGAUUAUCCUAUGAUAUAGACAUGGGGCUCACGCCAUUUGUUUUUGUCACAUGUUCUUCUGUUGGAUCUCUUGCCUUGUGCUUUGAACAAGACAAGAUAAUGUAUACUGCCAUGGGGAUGUCUUUCUGUUUGGAAUAAACAUGUUUAAUUGCAAAUGUUAA